AUGGGUAGCGCCUCCGCCACGCUCCGCCGCUCAACCUCAGCCGUCGGCCCCCACUCCCUCGACCUCAGAAAGGUUAUCGAGAGCGACCCGGAACUGAAGGCGAAGGUGGAUACCUUCCGUAACGCCACUCUGCCGCGCGUCAAGGAAGAUCUCGCCGCCCUCGCCCGGUUCUUCCCCAAGGCGAGCUCCUGCGUCGCCGCCAUCCGAGCCGCACUGGUCUCCUACCAUCGAGAGAAGAUGGGGAGGAAGAGACGGCGUCAGCACCGCCGCAAGGCCACCAAGUACGCCGACACCAUCGCUGAUCUGGACAAGUUCAAGCUCGCCGUCGACAGCUUCCCCGGGCUCAACUUGGAAAGCCAUCUACUCGAGGACGACACGAUGGCAGUGUUCCUGCGCGAGAGGAAGUCGUGGAUCGCUAUGCGGCGACAGAAGCUGAAGUGGUGGCACAGGGUCUGCAGCGUCGUCUUCACGAUCGCCUUCGUCGGCGUACUCACGGCCUCCGUCUUGCUCGCCUUCGCUGGAGCGGCCGUGGUCGCCGUUACCGCGGCCACUGCAUGCGCCACGGUGAUCAAGGCGGUGGAGCCAUUGGUGCACGCCGCCCUGGACGAGCAAGAGAUGAAACUGAAGGAGGAGGAGGAGGAGGAGGUGGUAGAGGCGAUGCGGGACGGCGAGCUGCUGGUGCAGAAGUUCAAAGGCCUUGUGUCGCAGGCAGAGAGGGUGACGGCAGAGCUGGAUGACAUGAUGAAACAUGUGGAGUUUGCUCGGGAGUGGGGGUACCGGGAGGAGGCGGUGGAAGUGGUGAUGGCCGGGAUGAUGCAGAAGAUGAACGAGGUGGAGCGCAGCGUGGAGGAAUUGAAGGACAAGAUGGAAGAGUGCUGCUACUCGAUCCGACAAUUCGAUUCCAAGUUCAUCAAGAUUAUAACAAAUUAA